CAAGACAAGUAUUGGGUAACAACAGAAAACCCAGGAUUUGGUUAACUUUCCCAUGAGGAAUUGCGAGUAUCUUUUCUGUGAAACUGCCUGGUGCUGUGAAACAUUCUUCAUCUGUGCCCUUGAUGUGGGCCUUCUGGAGAGGGAAAUCUCAUCAACCUCUAGAAAAGCAGCCAGGUUUAUGAUCACUUUCUUUCACAGUUGACUUUCAAGGACAAUAACCUUAUUAGAAGGAGGUCUGAAGAAAGGUGAGUUACAGGUGAUAAGAAGUGUGUGUCAUGAUGCACAGGUUGCUGCUGCUUCUUCUCCUGGUCAGCUUCAGCUCACCUGCACCCAGGUUUUCCGACAAAGAUGUCUGCCUCCUAGACAACAAUAAUUUAAGACAAAGGUUAAAACAACUUCAAGACUUGCUUUACAUAUAUGACCUGCAACUGAAGGACAUCCUGGAGAACACUUACCACGGAACAAAAAGUGGGCUGUUCUCAGGCAACAGGAGCAUGCAGCAUGAGAUUCUUUUACCCACAACCAGUGGAAAUUUGAUAGUUUAUGACCAAGAUUGCUCUGCGGUGUAUAAUCGGAAGAAAACCAAAAGUGGCUACUACCGAAUCAGGCCCAGAGCAGACCGAGAGCCUUUCCUGGCGUACUGUGACAUGUCUGAUGGAGGGGGGUGGACGGUCAUCCAACGGCGGAGUAACGGCAGGGAGAAUUUCAACAGGAAAUGGGAUGAAUACAAACUGGGAUUUGGGAGAUUCCAGAGCAAGAAUGAUGAAUACUGGCUGGGCAAUGACCACAUCUAUGAUCUGCUUGCUAGAGGAGAGAGCUCAUUAAAGAUUGAACUGAUGGACUGGCACGGGGAAAGACGUUACGCAGUCUAUGAAAAUUUCCAACUUGCAAAUGAGCAGGACAAUUACAGGCUAUGGUUUGGCACGUAUUCUGGUAAUGCUGGCGACGCUCUGUCUGCUGGGAGCAAUUUUGAAGAUCAGUGGUCAGCCUCUCAUAGAGGGAUGCAGUUCACCACAUUUGACAAGGAUCACGAUCGAUUCCUGGCAGGCAACUGUGCAUCAGAGAAUAAGGGCGGUUGGUGGUUUAACAGGUGCCAUGCCGCAAACCUCAAUGGACGAUACUACAGAAGAGGAAGGUACAAGGGCUCCCAUGACGAUGGCAUGGUUUGGUCUACGUGGCAUGGGAUGUGGUACUCGCUAAAAUAUUCAGCCAUGAAAAUCAGGGCUCCGUUCUUCAUUGACAGUGAGAGUGGGGACGGAGAGAACAGUCAGGGCAGCUGAAACCUGCUGCUUUGGAAAGAGGAAAAGUACAGACUGAAAAGAAUUGUAUAAGUUGAUAGCUGGUUCUCUGCUGCUGCCAAUUGCCAAACCUGCACUGUGAUAACUGGAGUUGCACCUGCUUCUGCUACCUGAAACUAACAGCACGAGUUGUUUGAGCACAGCCAGACAAAAAUUUAACAGAAAACAUAUGGAUCUCAGUCAUGGGAUAACCACAGAUUUCUUUUUCAGCAGUUUUCAGGAAUUUGUUGGAGAAUGUUUAUUAAAAGCUCUCUGGACUUCGAAUGAUCAAGCUAGUAACCACGGCAGUGUUGGAUCAAGGGUUGGACUUGAUGAUCUUGGAGGUCUUUUCCAAGCCGGUUGAUUCUAUGAUUCUAUGAUUCUAAGCAUGUCCCGUAAUCUAUCUAUACUCUUUGAGGUCUAAACCUUUCUCAUCUUGAUUUUAACCAUCAGUGCUUCAAUUAUGAGGACAUCAGAACAGAAAGAACAAGGUAAUGGGAAAUUGGACUUCAUCUGGUGUGCCUUUACCAGUGUUUUGUUCUGCCUCAGGAGAUGUUUUUAAGCUACUCUCCCUAUGGUUCUAAAGUGCCACAGUUCAGUAUCAGAGUGCCUCUGUAGUGUGUGAAACCAAACGUGGAUGGAUGUGCUCCAGCUGCUAAUGUACAUCCAGACUAAGACUACUUCAAAGUAAACCUCCACAAUAGGGACAAUGUGGGCACGGGGUUCCAUUGCCAACAGCUUCCUGCUGGAGAUCCACUGCUACAGCACACUGCAACACAUUAAUGCAAAGACAACCCUGCCGACCAGAUUUAAGCCCCAGACUACAAUUAGGCAGAUUUUACUAAAUUUAGCUGAGCACAGAUAUUCUUAGGAGUUCCUAAAAUGCAGACAUGAUUCAUUUGUACAUUCGCCUGUAAUUUACCAGAUGACUUUGAGUUAGUGAAAAGGAAUUAGAAAGUAGAAAGUGGUUGAACCACAGGGCAAACUACUUUCAUUGUCUCAUUGGAGUGAAGCAAAAGAGCAAUACAAAUUACUGAAAGAAACGGAACACUGAAAGUUUAUUUUCCACAAGUUGUUAACAGCAACCGUUAAAAAUGAACAGCAGUAUCAGCUUGAUGCAAGUCAUUUGACUAUUGUGAUGUAGAAUAAGCCUAAUUUUUUUAUGAUUUACAAUUUUUUUUUAACUGGUAGCUCUUUUCCAUUUAUUGGCUUUUAGAUCCAUACAUAUUGUCAUUUGUAUAUACAUCCAUAAAGGAUGAAAUAAAACCAGCUGAGUAGGACUUAA